AUGCCGACUACACCGAGAAAGUAUGGAGUGUUUUUGCGUACACCGUCUACGGGGACAGUACCCCCCAUGGCGCUGAUUGAUAAACAGCCCCCAGGCUUGACAGAGUAUGGGGGUAGUCAGCUAGCCGACGUGGGAUCAACAUUCCGAAAUCGCUAUGUGUCGUCGGCUGGGAGUUCCAAUGCUACCGAGUCGGCAAUUCAAUAUAUUUCGCCCUCCAUCCUAUACUCAAAGGAUGUGCGUGUGCUCUCAACGACAGAUCAAAAUGUCAUUGCUUCGGCGCAGGCAUUCAUGCUUGGACUUUAUCCGCCUCUUGGUCAAGAGAACAUGAACACUUCCGAUGAAACUGCGAAUGGAACUAUAUAUUCCGCGCCGUUGGAUGGCUACCAGUUUCCUCGGAUUGUAACUGCUGGUGACUCAGACCCUGCAUCCCUGUUUGUAUCAGGCCAGGUCGCCUGUAAUAUGCAUCAAGUUGGGAUUUCGGAAUAUCAGGAUAGUGAAGAUGCUUUGGAGAUCACACGAGAUAGCGAGGUAUUUUAUCAGAAGCUUUUGCACCAAGUGCUUUCCGGAGUCUAUGAUGAAUCCUCUGCUACUUAUGCGAAUGCCGUUAGUAUUGCAGACUAUCUGGAUUACGAGGUCAUCCACAACAGCACAGCUCUGGAUCAUCUAUUUGGAGAUGACUUGAUUCGAGCACGGUCAUUUGCAGAUCAAUUUACCUAUGCCACAAAUGGUCAAGAUGCCUCGGCCCUCACUUCGGAGUCUACUGUUGGUGCCGCAAGCCCAAUUGCCGGCCAAACUCUUGCCUCUAGCAUUCUGGAUGCAUUCAGGAUAAAUAUGGAAGAGGAAGGCAACGGCCAGAAGAUAACAUUGCUUUUUGGGAGUGAUGAACCUGCUGUAGCCCUGGCUUCCCUAUUAGGCCUUGCUAGUACUCAGCAGCCAAACUUCUAUUCGCGUCCCGCUCGAGGAGCCUCGUUGAUCUUCGAAUUGUAUAGUUUCGAGACUGACGUUGACGAUGAAAGCUAUCCUGGAAGUGAUGAGAUGUACGUGCGAUUUUUCCUGCACAAUGGGACUGACUCUUCUACGGAGUUCAUCUCAUAUCCACUCUUCGGAUACGGACCCAGUAAAUCUUAUGUUCCAUGGAACGAGUUUGAGAUUGAAUUGGAGACAUUUGCCGUGGCAUCCAUCCAGGAAUGGUGCAUUCGGUGCAACGCAGACUCUGUUUUCUGCUCAGGAGUCUUGGACCGCAGCGACUCCAUCUCCAAAAAGAAAGGGAUUUCCCCUGUGGUGGCCGGUGUGAUUGGAGCCGUGGUCACUUUGGUUGUCAUUGGCCUGUUGGCUAUGCUUGGUUUCUUCCUUUGCAGUUUUCGUAAGCGCCAAGGAAGCCACCGGCCAAGUAUGGGUGGAUUCAAAGGAACCAGCAAGCUUGCAAGUGAUACAGAUGUCUCGUUCCGCAAUCCUAUUUGGGAAUCUGGCAAGUCCGCUCCUAUGGAGCAGGAUAAUGAGGUUUUGAGUGGUGUGAUUGUUCGAGGGCAAGAGCGACUUGGAAGUUGGGAGAUGGGUCAACAGGUAUCAGAAAUUGAGAAUACUCAGCCAAUAACUAGUUCUGCGGCUGGUCAUGUAUCAAAUAUGGAAAAUGAACCUGAAUGGUCACUCCAUACUCGUUUACAGCCUGUCAAAGUGCGAGAAACUGUCUGA